UUCGUCUCCAAGCAUCGUUACGCGCAUGCCUUUCGCUUCUUUCCACUUUGCGUUUCGUUCCAUUUCCAACGAAAUCGCAACACUUAACAAUUCCAGUGGCGAAGAGCGCGGAGGCGCGACCAAUUUCGAAGAUUGCCGCUACGUGAUCCUCUGUUAUUAUUCUCGAGUUUUCCGGACCGGAGGACACACGGUGGGGAUGUUGUGUUCGUUUAUAAACGGUGCUGCUACAGCCGGCUAUGUUUCAGUCGUUUUUUGCCUCGACGGGUGAGUAUAGUUUCGCUUUCGUCGUCGUACGCACGCGCACACGUACACACACGCGCGCCAGCCUAUUCCUUUCACCUGGGUGAAUCAUGAAGUCGAUCGUUUUACUAGCGUUGGUCGUCGCGUGCGCCCUCGUCUUCGCCGAGGCGGCGGACACCUCUUCGCCCUCGACGAAACCGAUCAAAGAGAUCAAGGAGAUCAAGGAUACCGCGACCGCAUCGAAGGAAGUGAAGUUAGCCAAAGAGGCGGCGAAGAAGAAGAAGGACUGCGCCCGUGACUGCACCACGAUCACUUACGACCCGAUUUGCGCCCACGAUCCGAACGACGCCACCUUCAAGCCAAGAACGUUCGGCACCGAGUGCGCUCUCAACGUUUACAACUGCGAGAUGGGGACAAAAUUGGUGGUGAAGAACAAGGGCGAGUGUCCAGGAUCGGGGGGCGUGAGGCUCUCUUGAAUUCGAGGCAACGAAGGAUGAUCAUCUCACCUCGCAUCAUACGUACCGCCGCUUUUUCAUGAUCGAGGAAAAUUUAAUGCUUAACCAAUCUUAUGUAACGUCGGGCUUGUGAUGUUUUAGCUUUAGAUUUUAGCGAGUGUGAAAAUAAAAGAAAUGGCAAGAAGAGA